AUAGCAUGUGCCAUCAUUGAAGGAAUAUCAUCCAUGAGAGAAGAUGAAGAGCUCCAGGAUUUCGUUGUUGAAGUUGAAGGCAAAGAAUUUAAAUGUCAUCGUCUGAUACUCAGCGCGUGUUCUGGAUUUUUCCGUGGUCUUCUCAGGUCUGGGAUGAAAGAGUCGCAGAAACGAAGAACAAGGCUUCAUGGCGUCUCCAUGGAAACGUUCACAUGCAUUUUAGAAACUCUCUACACCGGAAUGGACAAUCUGACACGUGACAACAUAAGAAGUGUCUGGUUGGCUGCAGAUCAAUUUGAAAUAACAGCUGUCUUUGAUAAUUGUGUAAAUUUCAUAAGAACAAAUAUUUGCAAUGCAACUGUCUUUUCUUAUUGGAUAGUAGCAUCUCGACUGAUGCACCACAAUACCAUAGAACUUUGCGAGUCGUUUCUCAGAAACAACACAACUCUAGAAAACUGGGAAGUUAUGUAUUCUACUGCACACAACUUGGGAUCAAAAUUGAUUUUGUCACAUGUACGAGAUUUUAUCAAGAAAAAUUAUGAACACGUCAUGAAAUCCAAUGCCUUUCUGUCUCUUGGUGAAAACGAUUUAAUUGAAAUAAUAAGAAGUCAAGAUCUGGUUGUGUCGACGGAAGAUUUUGUCAUUGAGUCUAUUCUAAAUUGGGUC